UUCAUUUAUAUGUUUUUCAAAAGAACGUUUCGAAAAAAUACAUUAUCUAUGUAAAAAUUAAUUAGUCUCAUCUAAACGAGAUUUUGAAACGUUAUGUGUCAGCCAUUUUUAGCAAAAAUCUGAGGGAGGAGGGACCAAAUUAAUAAUUAUGAGUUUCUUUGGUUUCGGCCAGAGUGCCGAAGUAGACAUACUGUUGGAUGGGCAAGAUUCAAGGAAGACAGCUGAGAUCAAAACAGAAGAUGGCAAAAAAGAAAGAUACUAUCUAUAUUAUGAUGGGGAAACAGUAGCUGGAAAGGUUAAUGUUAAUCUAAAGAAAGCUGGCAGUAAAAUGGAGCAUCAAGGGAUCAAAAUAGAGUUUAUAGGACAAAUAGAAUUAUAUUAUGACAGAGGUAAUCAUCAUGAGUUUACAUCUCUUGUCAAAGAACUUGCACGUCCAGGUGAAAUGUCACAGAAUACAAGCUUUAGCUUCGAAUUUCAACAAGUGGAAAAACCAUAUGAAUCUUACACUGGUGCUAAUGUUAGAUUACGGUAUUUUCUGAGAGUAACCAUAGUGAAGAGACUUAGUGAUUAUGUAAAAGAGCAAGAUAUAGUUGUUCAUACACUGUCACAGUAUCCAGAAAUGAACUCCAGUAUAAAGAUGGAAGUAGGAAUUGAAGAUUGUUUACAUAUAGAAUUUGAAUAUAACAAAUCCAAAUACCACCUGAAGGAUGUGAUAGUAGGCAAGAUAUAUUUCUUGCUAGUACGGAUAAAAAUUCGCUACAUGGAGCUGGCGAUAGUAAGACGAGAAGUUACUGGUGCAGGUCCAAACACAUUUAAUGAGAAUGAAACUAUAGCAAAAUAUGAAAUAAUGGAUGGUGCACCAGUUAGAGGAGAGUCAAUACCAAUCCGACUGUUUCUCAGUGGCUAUGAACUUACACCAACAAUGAAAGACAUCAACAAGAAAUUUUCUGUAAGAUAUUACCUGAACCUUGUACUUGUAGACGAGGAGGAGAGGAGGUACUUUAAACAACAGGAAAUAACAAUAUUCAGAAAAGCAGACAAACAGAGAAAACCGGCAGCUGGCUAUCAGACCCAUCGUUCUAUGAUGCAACAUAACCCACAACCUCAGAAGGAAACAGAACAAGCCAAUUCAGAUAGCAAAGAAGAAAAAGAAUGAUAUUCUUCUUCAGUCACAUUUUUGCUGACAAUAUUUACAUUUUCAUAACUUUAAAAAAAAACCAGUUUAGGGAUGUUGCAAUAAGGGAUUUACCUAUACAGUGCUGUAGUAGUGCUAUAUGAUGAACAACAACAAGAACCAACACAGUUAAUUUACAAAGUGAAAGAUGCAUAUUAUGGAAAUUAAUCAGUAAGAUGUUGCACCCAAGUUUGUAUAAAGAAAAUAUAAAUUUCAUCUGUGAACAGGCAAACCAUGUGUUCAACACAAAAAACACAAUUUUGUAUUAUUGUUCUCAUGUAUUUAUUUUUGUCAUACUUGAUUUGUUACAAUUUAGAAUUAAGUAUAAAUGAUGAAAUUGCUAGGCAGUAAAUGUUCAUAUUCCAAUGAGUAGACAAGAUUAUUGAAAUGAAAAAAAAAGGAAAUGUUAGACAGUAGUUUCUUAUGUACGCAACAAAAAAGUGCUGUUGUAAGGUAUAUCCAGGUUAAGAGAAAGUUCAGUGAUGUAUUUAUACCAUCAGAAAGUUAACCAGAUUAAUGUUGAGGGGGUACUUGACGCAAUAUUCUAGAAAAAUGGGCAUAAAGUGGAGUCGUAUAAUAGAUAGCUGUGAUUUAUUUGUAGAUUUUAUUUUUGAUUUCUGUUUUUCUGUGUUUUGUCAGUGCACACAUUUCAUGAUUAUGUUCCAUUUCUCUUUCACUCAUUCACAUCUCAUUUUAAUUUUGAAUGUGUAAAUUUUAUUCUAUAAUGAUUUAAUUGGGAAAAAAAUCAAGAAUUUUGAUUUUUGGUUCACAAGUUAUUGACCGAUAGAAUCUAUUUCUAACAUACUUUUCUUUGCAUGAAAUGGUAUAUGUCAAUACUUUUCUUGUUAAGUUAUGGUAUUCAAAGAUAAAUAUGAAUGAUUUGAAAAGAUUUAUUAAAGAUUUAAACUAUUAUUUAAUUUAAAAUAAAUGUUUAUGAGAUUUCAUAGAUUUUCUGUAGGACAUGUCUGGAUUGAUUCAUUAAAUGAUGGGAUUCCAGGUGUAUAGAAUUAGGUAUUAAAUGUUUCAUUGGGUUAUAUAUCUCAUCAUUAUAGGACAAAUAAAUGUACACAUUUGUAUUUAUUGUAAAAGUACAAGAAAAGGGAGUGAAGCAUCAUCAUGGGCAAUGUAAGUUACUAGUUUACACCUGCUUCUAUUUUGAGUACAAUUUUGGUUAGCAUACUUUCUUCAUCAGAUUUUUCAAAAUGAACUUAAAACUGGACUGAAACUUCACCUACUGUAUUGGAGUUGCAUGCUCAGAUCCUCGAUUUUUCUCCAUUACCUUUCAUCUUUAACAAGAAAGAAAUUUUGUCAAUUUUUUGUACCCAAUAGUCACGUAAUCAUUUCAACAUAUAAUUUUGCAAAAGUGUGGACAAGUACCUUGAACUUAAUCCGAUUUUUUUUAACCAUUUAUAUCAUUAUUUGUAUACAUAAUCUCAUUCUUUAUUAAGUAUUACUGAUUACAUUAUUAUUGAUUUUUUACUAAAAAAUGUUUAACCUUACAGAAUCAGUGAAUAAUUUGUACCAGGAAAUUCUGUUGUAAAUUUGCAUGAGCUUGAAAAAGAUAUCCUGUGUUUUAACACUUGUUUCUUAUGGCUGCUCUGAUAGCUCAAUGAAUGUAGAGAACGUACAGUGUUAUGCCGAGAUUUUAAAAUCUAUAAUUUGCUGUGUUUUCUCCAAUAGUGAUAUCUAUUAAGUCCCUUUAUUUUCUUUAUCAGUUGUAGUUUAUGGAAGGGCCUUGGUAACACUUGGUGCCUGUGCGUAUAUGAAAUAAUGCAAGGAUAGGCACCUGAGGUCUCUCUUCUCAACUUAGUGUUAGAAAGUCGCAAUAUAACAUUUACAAGUGUCAUUAUGACUAAAACUACCACUGCUUAUAUUGUAAGCUUUGUUAAACAAGAUAAUAUUGUUGUACAACUACUAGAACUACUAGAAAUACAUGUUAAUGCAUUCCAAAUGAUUUCUGUUUGUUCAUAUGGCUGAUUGUACAUUUUUGUGUGUCUUUGCUGAGAUUAAAACUUCUCAUUCAUGAAUGGAAACUUUUCAUAAUUGUUUUAGAUUUAUUGUCUUAUAUAUAUAUUGUGGGAUCAUAUAUUUUUCAGUUUGCUACUGAUAAAAGAUAUAUGAAAAAUUGUUCCAAGAAAAUAAUUCAUUAUUGUAAAUUAAUUGUAUUCAGAUGCUUUUUUUUUAAAAACAUUAACUCUUGUGUCAAAGUAGCUAGUCUUCUAUAUAUAUAUUGCAUGUUAUAUAUUACAUGUGAAGCUGGUGGCUGUCUCUUAGCCUUUGCCACCAGUAUAGAGCCAGAGCCUGCCAGAGCAUUCUUAUAGUCUGUCAAGUUAUAACUGAUUUACUAACAAAGUAACAUUUUUCAAAUACAAUAGUAUUAUGUCCUAUUUAACUGUCAGUCUGCUCAAAACAACUGAUUCUACCCAUUGGACCAGUACAGACAAAGAUCAGGCCAAAAAUCUGUUUUGUCUGAUCAUGGUUUGCACUGUAGUCUUCAUUCUCUGCAUAUUUUUGAAUUUCCCCUAAAAUUGAUGAAUAGUUUGUGUCCAGAUUGAAAGAAAGGCAAGUCCAUUUAAGAUAAUUAGCAAGACAAGGGUUAAAUAAUUAAAAAGUACAAUCUGAAGUCAUUUUAACUCAUAGAGAUUCAUUUGCUCACUAUUGGUGACUAAUUUAGAACAGUAAAGAAAUGAUUUAUAAAGAUUUGCUGCAUUAUUUACAGCCUCUGUACAUAUUUAUAUAAACAUCAUCAAUGAAAUUUAUGUAUUAUUACAUGUAUUAUCAUUAUAUAUGAAGCACCAAAUUUAUUUGUUUUAUUUGUGAGCCAGAGAAUUGGAUGGAUGGAAAUGUGUGUGAUAUUUUGUAUAUGUAAAUGUUGUGAGUUAUGGCCAAAAAUCAUUUUUGUUUGCCCCUAAAUCUGUACACCCUUAAUCAUUACUGAAUGAAUGGUUAAAGAGAUAGAUUGAAUGGUAUAUCAGCCUCGUCACAACAAAACCAACAUAAUGGGUUUGCGACCAGCAUGGAUCCAGACCAGCCUGCGCAUCCGUGCAGUCUGAUCAGGAUCCAUGCUGUUAGCUAUCAUUUUCUCUACUUGUAAUAGUGUUUGUAAGCGAACAGCAUGGAUACUGAUCAGACUGCGCAGAUGCGCAGGCUUGUCUGGAUCCAUGCUGGUCGCAAAUGCACUAUGUUGGUUUUGUCAUGGUGCGGCUCAUUAUGUAUUACAUAAAUUUGAGUUCUCAGAGCUAGAAAUAUUUUGCAUGAUUAUAGAGUCACAUUUUCAUAUAUUGCAUAAAUAAAAAUAUGAACACAUGAAAUAUUAGAUAAAAUUUUAAAGUGAGAUAUGCAUGAACUUUGAUUAUCAAUUUCUUUUACUUAUAUAUGUCUUAAAAGUGUAAGAAAAUGCUAUUUUAGGCAUUGCUCUAAUGUAUAUAACCAAUAUUAAACAAUUUCUUUAUAUUAUUAUUUAUAAACUUUUUUUCCUGUAAGUUAUGUAUACUUGUUGAUUAAUGGUGUUGAGUCUAAGAGUGAGGAGGUCAGUAGAUUUUUCACAAGUUCAAGUAAAUACAUGUAUGAAAGAAAUUUAAUCCUGAUACAGUUUCAGACCAUAAGAAAUGAAGGGAAAAAAAGGAUUAAAAUAGCCGAGCAUCCUGUAUUUAGUACACACAUUUGUAGAAAGUUAUUUUAGUAUGUUAGAAUAUAGGGAGAAUCUUAUUUUUGCUACUAUAUUCUCUUGGCUUAAUGCUUAACAGAUUUAUAAUUUUUCAAAAGUGAGAGAUAAUCUUUCUAUAGAAGUGAAGGUUCAGAGAAAUUAUAAGAUGAAUGUAUGUAUGCAUGUAUGUUUGUGUUUAAAUCAUGAUGAAAACAACACUGUUUAUGCUGUAUUAUCAAUCAAUAUAGCAUUUGUUGCCGUAUGACGUCAUUGUUAUUUAUAAAUAAAUGAUAAGUACAAAUUG